AUGAAGGAAGAGGCCAAGAUAUUGAAGGCCACAAGAACAAAGAGUGUGGAUUAUUGGGGAUAUGGAAUCGAACUGACUAUCCAGGCAACAGUGGAAGACCUUAAUAGAAUUGAUGAGGAGAUAGCGCUACCUGACGACCAAAAAUUAAGAGUGAAAGCGGAGGGCAGGCCGCCUACAUGUUUUGCAUGUGGCGAGAAAGGCCACAUGAAGGCGAGAUGCCCGCAGAGGGAACCAACAGAAAAACAGGAAGACACGAACCAGGUAGUACAGACAGAGACAGAAGAAAAUACAACGGAGGAGGGAUUUACGGUAGUGGAAAGAAAACGAAGGAGGGGUGGAAGAACAAACUCACCACCAGAGAAACAGAAAAAGAAGAAAGAAGAAGAGGAAAAGGAAGCUGUAACCAGAGGGAAGGCAGACGAAGAGGUGACGGAGAAAGAAAGAGAGAAGACAACUACUAAACAGGGGGGUUUACAAGAGGAGGGAACAACGAUAAUGACGCCGGUUUCCCCAGCGAAGGAAGAGGAUUCGAGAGUUGAAACAUCUGACGAUGAAUGGGAUAAAUGGUAUGGAGUUCGAGAAGGAAAUACAUCAGUAACAGAAGAAGAAGGGAAAAAAUCAAGAAGAUGGAAAAACAAAUUGGAAUUUUGUAACUUACUCAAAAAAUGA